AUGACCUCGCCCAGUGCGCCGCCCGAGCCAACGCCAAAGUCCGAUUUCCACCCUGCACCCCAUCCUGCAGCUAUCCCCGCGCAAUAUGACACCCCUAGACCGACUGUCCCCCUUGCAGGACCCUCUGCUGUACACCAAUGGGCUAGUCACCCGAACCCGCCAUAUUUAGAUCAGAGCCACUCUGCCGGCAUGCUGCCGGCUGCCGCUGCAGCGCCCCCUAAUCCCAGCAUGGAGCCUCAUUCGGCUUUGGUGCCGGACGCGGAUAUGCUCCAAGCCGCCCAGCUGCUGCUUCCCGGUGACUAUCGGGCGACAGAGUACAAUGCUCAGGUCUUGGCAACAGCUGCUGCGCAACCAUUGCCGUAUUUACCAGAGGAUCUGAACCAUUUUCAAGAAUUCACCCAUUUUUUGGAUUCUAUUGGCUUGCCUGGGGAGUGGCUCCCCAGCGAGGGAGAAACCUCUCAAACCCACGAGGUGGGUCUGGAAGAUGUGCAUGACCAAAACCGGCCAGUUCAAGAGCAGCAGCAAGACCGACGCGUAAGGAGCGGAGAAGGGUCUAGGGGCGACUCGCCAUUUAGAUCCUGGCUGCCGUCCGUGCCGAGGGGAGAUCAAAGUCUGGGGAAUCUUUCUGAUUCUGAGCCUCCGCAAAAUGCAAAGAGAACAUCGCGGUUCAAUGUCACCGAAGAUCAAAGAUUUCGGCUGGCGGCAUCUCUUGAAGAGUUCCGCAAUGUGAUACCAGACUUUGUGCUGCCUUCACGUCAUACUCUGACUCGGUAUCUCACAUCGUACUUUGAGGGCUUCCAUCCGCAUCUUCCCUUCAUGCAUAUGCCGACAUUUCACAUGAACGAACGUGCGCCUGAGGUGGUUCUUGCCAUAAUGACAAUCGGAGCUCAGUAUCGAUUUGAACAUCGUAAUGCGCAGAGGAUUUUCCAAGUCUCCAAGGCAGUCCUCUUCGAGCGCAUGUCCAGAGAACCACGUGUGCCGGUCAAGUCUGCGUACAGUGCAGUGUCUCAAGUCCCACUAGGGAUCUCUCCGUAUUCCAACUUCGGGGAUCAAUCCCUUACAGAACCUCAGGUAGCAGCGGAAAGAAACGUUGCAUGGAAACAGAUCGAGAUCACUAGAUGUCUUCUCAUCCUCAUGGGGUACUCCACAUGGGAGAAUUCAAGACUGGUGCAAGAAGCAUUUCAUAUUCAAGGCCUGUUGGUGCGACAACUCCGGGAGGGUGGGUUGACUGAAGAUACCAAUCGCUCUGAUCCCCGCGCUCCUCUCGAUUGGCAUGAAUGGGCAGACCAGGAAUCAAAUCGACGGACAAAACUGAUUGCAUUCUGUUUCAUCCAUGUCCACAGCAUUGCAUACAAUGCCUACCCAUCCUUACGCAGUAAUGAAAUACACCUGCGUCUCCCCUGUUCCACUAUGGAAUGGUCUGCCAACACUGCCGCAGAAUGGGAAGCUGCUCAGCGGGAGAGGGGUCCCCAGCAGCUGUUCUUCCAGGACGCGUUGACCCUCCUCUUGCAAAAGUCUCGAUCGGCGGUGCCGCUGAAUCCCAUACCGGCUCCUCUGGGAAAUUACAUUCUUUUGCAUGGACUUUUGCAAAGAAUUCACCUCGUCAGCGAGCUAUCGUUACCGAAUGGAAACCACUCCACCAGUCUUCCCACAGAAGAGCUCAACAAAUUAGAACGAGCUCUCCGCUCUUGGACUUCGGUCUGGCAACAGGCCCCAGAAUCCAGUCUCGACCCGCACAAUGCAAAUGGUCCAAUACCUUUUACCUCCAGCGCAUUCCUAGGUCUAGCAUAUGUCCGCCUUUCGCUAAACCUGGGCCCGCACCGUCGUCUCGAGACCCGUGACCCGACUAUUAUAGCCUCUGCACUUCGUCGCUCGCCCCGCCCAGAACGAAGCUACCGCCUCAUUCCUGCUCUUAUAUACGCUGCUCACGCACUGAGCAUACCAGUUCGUCUUGGCAUUGAUCAUAUCGCUCGCAGUCAAGCUUUCUUUUGGAGUGUGCGGCAUUCACUCGCCAGUAUCGAGUGUGCAGUACUUCUGAGCAAAUGGUUGUUUACAUUAGCAGAGGCAGGACCAGAUCAGUCACUAAGUGAAAACGAGACUCGUAUCCUGCGCUGGACGCGGUGCAUCAUUGAAGAAGCAUACUCAUCUAUUGAUACAGAGGAAGGCGAGGCUCCAGCUGAUCUGGAACCCGCUUCGCUAGGCCUCGCUGUCCUCAAGCUGUGGGCUAGGCUUUUUGGAACAAAUACCCAAUGGCCGUUUAUAAAUGUUCUUGGACAAAGCUUGGAGCAAUACAUAACCAUGAUCCGAUGA